GCAGUAAAAUGGACUAAAUUUAGUAACAUCUGCAGUAGAUUCCACUGAACAUAGAUCAGUCUUGAUUAACGGAAAAGAAGUCUCUGUAGUCAUUUGGACAUUUAAAAGAUCUCUUGUCUAUGUGAACUCAGUGGUGUGUCAACUGGGGCCGUGACUUUUGAGAAUUGAAAUUUACGAUAUUCUUUCAGGGUAGGUGUGAUAGGACAUCCCCCAUGGCUGUUGAGUCUAGAACUAAGGGAUCUCAACUCAGAAUGAAGGAUAGGCCACUGAAGACUGAGUGAGGAGGGAUUUUUCAUUCAGAAUCUUUAAAAUUCUUCAACAAUUGAGGAUGUUCAAUACAGGAAGCAAUAGAUUCCCGAGGUGGAUGACAGAAUGGGAAUAAUGCAAAAAAGAAAUGACUGGCCAAGAUCCAACUGAAUGGCAGAGCAAGUUCAGGGGCAGAAUGGUCCCUCCUAUUCCAAGUUCUAGGGCUUUCACCAUCUCCUCCAUCUUCAAGUCCAACAAGUGAGGAACUGAUGGACUGUCAUCAGGAGUGAGAGCAUCUGAUGAGUAACCUCUGCGUGUCUUUCCCUUCCCUGAGCUCACCCGGCCAAACUGUCUCAAAUUCUUCUUUGAACUCUCAACCCAUGUAUUUCUCUAAUUUCUAGAUCUCCCAUCAGGAUUGUUCAUUUGACCCACUUCUGAGUCCCUCGAUCCUAUUCCUACUAAACAACUGACCAUCCAACUCUCCCAUGGUCAUUAAAAUUGUGAACAGUUCUCUCUCUGUCUUUUUCUCUCUCUCUCACUGUUUUGGUUUUGUCCCUUUCAUCUUUCAAUCCCUGAUCAUCACCCAUCCUGAGAAAAAAAAACUCUUGACCUCACCACCAUUGCAAUCUACCACCUCCUCUUUAAUCUCCAUUUCUUCUCCAAAAUUCUUGAACAUGGUGUGCUACAAGGACCUGUCCCAGGCGUCUCCUAUUUCUCAUCUACUGGGAAACAAUGCCCAGAAGCACUGUGGUGUUUUACGCAGGCACACUGACAAUACUCUGCUCCAUCUCACCACCAUCUUUUUCUAUUCCUCCAAUUGCAGAUUGUUCUUUCCACAUCCAGUACCAGAUCUGCAGGACUUUCCUCCAAGUAAAAAUCAGGAAGAGACAAUCCAUUGUCUGAAAUCAGUGAUGCAAGUUCUGUUUCUUUACGACCAAAUCCAUCCCUUUCACUGGGAACUAUCUGAGGCCGAACCAUACUGUUCACUUAAUCCCUCACAUGUUUAAUCUGAAAAUGAGUAACUGAUCACAGACCAUGGAGAGACUGGAGAAGCUGAGAUUAUUUGUCUUUGAGCACAGAAGGUUAAAGAGGGAAUUCAUUGAAGGGUGGUAAAUUUUUAAGCUGGUUUCAUCUGCAUGGGGAGAAACUGUUCCAACUUCAGGAUGGUUGGUAACCACAGAACCUAACUUCAAAGUAUGUAGCAAAAAGUCAAAGGGGGCAAAUGAGGAGAGAUUAUUUUAAUUCAGUUCUGAUGAUCUGAACGAUGUUAUCAGAUUGUCUGUUGGAAGCAGAUUGAACAGUAACUUUCAAAAGUGAUUUGGAAUAUUCCUUCAUAAGGCAGAAGAAGCAAGGGAGAGGGGCUCAAUUGUCAGCAUUUUCACAGACAGUUCCAGCACAAUGAGCCGAAUGACCACCUUCUGUACUCUGAAGAUUCUAUUGUAUGACUUUGUACUGGAUCAGGAUUUAAUUAUUUACACAGUCACUGUAGUCAUAGACAUUUAAAAGAUCUCUUGUCUGUGUGAACUGGAUGAAUGUUUUUCCACAUUCAGAACAAGCAAAUGGCUUCUCCCAGUGUGACUGCAGUGAUGUGGUACCAACUUAGAUGGGCAUUUUCACCCUCUCCCAGUCCUCAGUUUUCUCCAUGGCAUUUCAUGGCGGCUUAUUAGUUGAAGCCUGCUCCAUAGAGUGUGCACAUGUACAGAUUUUCCCUGGUGUCGUGUCUUUCAAACGUUUUAACGAAUUAAAACUCUUUCCCCAACCAGAGCACUGUCACAAUCCCGUUUGUAUCUUGGUGUUUUUACAGUAACACUGAUAUUUGAAAUCAUUGCCCACAUUCACAGCAGAGAAAGCUUUUUCCUUUCACAUUUUUAGAUGCAUGUUAUCCUGGUCCUGAAUGUAAAUACCAUGUGGUUUGGUUAGAGUUUUAUUUCUGCAAAGAGAGUUUGCAGGAAGCCCCAGCCCUUUCCGCCGGUGUAACCACUAGUGCUUGCAGCCAACAUGCUGUGUUUUCGAAACCCUGGACCCACCCUCAGGCUCUCCCACUUCCUCAAGCGCCACCACCGCUUCUACAUCGGUACUGCAGUUGCUCACCCUGCGGCGUCCGGGUGAUUGGCGGCGGCUCUGGGCCAAUAGGAAUCCGGAGGCGGGGCAGGAAGACCAAUCGUCCGGCGGGUCCUCCAACUAAUGAAAGUGAACGAUGGGCGGAGCUGCAGGACCGGUCACAGUGAGAGACUUGGAGCAGCUUUGUCCAGUGGCUGCGGUCGGCGACAGAAAAGGGGAGGAGUGGAGACUGUGUGUUGGAGUGCGAUCGGGAGAGAAAGAGCGGAGAGGCUUUAUAAACACCUCGUGUGGGCUGCAAACCCCGGAUAAGACUAUCCAAGCCCCGCGUUCGGAAAUCCGACUCAAGGAGGCCCAGCCUUAUGGCCGCCAUCUCAUUUUACAGGGUGUGAUAAGAGGAGGAUUUGCAGGCAGGAAACAGAAAUGAAACAUCACAUAAUGACCUGACGGAGUCACCCAAUUUAUCACAACCAGAAUACCAACAGAUUUUAACCAUGGAAGAGGAAAGCACGAUUCAUAGUGGGGAGAACAGGUACACAUGUUCUGUGUGCAGAAAAGGCUUCAACCAAUCAACUGACCUCAAGAACCACAAAUGCAGUCACUCUGGGGAUAAACCUUGGAAAUGUGAGAACUGUGAGAAAGGAUUUAAACACCACUCUGCGCUGAAAAUUCACCAACGUGUUCACACUGGUGAAAGGCCAUUCACCUGCGCCCUGUGUGGGAAGGGAUUCACUCAGUUCUCCACACUGAUUACACACCAGCGGGUUCACACUGAGGAUAGACCUUUCAAGUGUCCAUAUUGUGGGAAGUGCUUUAAAAGCUCUGGUGAUCUGAUGUCCCAUCAACGUGUUCACACUGAGGAGAGACGGUUCAGAUGCUCUGACUGUGGCGCUGGCUUCAAGUGGUCAUCCCAGCUCACUGUUCACCAACGCAUUCACACUGGGGAGAGACCAUUUACCUGCUCUGAAUGUGGAAUUGGAUUUACUCAAUCAUCCCACCUCAAGGCACACCAACAGGUUCACACUGAGGACAGACCUUUUAAAUGUUCAAACUGCCGGAAGUGCUAUAAAAGUUCCAGUCGUCUGCAGUCACAUCAACGUGUUCACACUGAGGAGAGACCCUUUAAAUGUUCAGACUGCGGUAAGUGCUUUAAAAGUUCCGGGGAACUGAUGCUUCAUCAACGUAUUCACACUGAGGAGAGACCGUUCCGCUGCUCUCACUGUGGGACUGGGUUUAGGAGAUCGUCACAACUCACUAUACACCAGCGGCUUCACACUGGGGAGAGGCCAUUUAUCUGCUCGGAAUGUGGGCAGGGAUUCAUUCAGUUCUCCACCCUGUUGACACACCAGCGAGUUCACACUGGAGAGUGGCCAUUCACCUGCACUGAGUGUGGGAAAGGGUUCAUUGAGUCAUCCCACCUCAAGGCACACCAACGAGUUCACACUGAGGACAGACCUUUCAAAUGUCCAGAUUGUGGGAAGGGUUACAAAAGCUCUGGAGAGCUUAAGUUACACCAACGUGUUCACACUGAUGAGAGACCGUUCAGCUGUUCUCACUGUGGAACUAGGUUCAGAUGGUCAUCUCAACUCAGUGUACAUCAGCGCACUCACACUGGAGAGAGACCAUUCACCUGCUCUGAGUGUGGGAAGGGAUUCACUCAGAAAAUCCACCUGUUGACACACCAGCGGGUUCACACUGGGGAGGCACCUUUUAAAUGUACAGACUGUGGGAAGGGCUUUAAAAGUUCUGGGGAUCUGAUGCGUCAUCAACGGGUUCACUCUGAUGACAGGCCUUUUAAAUGCCCAGAGUGUGGGAAGUGCUUUAAAAGCUCUGGGGAACUGAUGUCCCAUCAACAUAUUCAUACCGAUGAGAGACCAUUCAGGUGUACUCACUGUGGGACUGGGUUCAGGCGAUCAACUCAACUCACUGUACAUCAGCGAGUUCACACUGGAGAGAGACCUUUCAUCUGCACUGAAUGUGGGAAAGGCUUCACUCAGAAAUCCCAUCUCAUGGCACACCUGCAGAGACGUAUCCACAAGUGAUUUCAGGAGGUGUGUUUUUCUGUUACUCACACUAAGGUCACAAGGAUGUUCACUGGUGACUUUUACAAUCCUAGCGUUUAGAUCAGAGUGGUGCUGGAAAAGCGUAGCAGGUCAGACAGCAUCCGAGGAGCAGGAAAAUCUACGUUUUGGGCAAAAGCCCUUCAUCAGGAAAGUCCUCACUUUUGCCUACUUUUACAAUCCCAGUCUAACUUUAUAUGACACUGGUAUGGGUAAAAGUAAAUAUAUGGACUUUCUGUUACACACACAGCUGUUUAUAUUUAAUAUUGUACUUACUAUAACACUACCUUUUGAAUAUAAAUCAGAAAAAUAGGUGUGCAUGUAAUAUGAGUAAUACAGUAGUAAUGGGCAACUUCUAUUUCCAUAUAGAUUGGGUGAAGCUAAUCAGCAUCAAUGUUGGGGAGGAUGAAUUUCUGUGGUGUGGAUAAGAUUUAUUUAUGAAGCAGAAUUUUUAAUGACCAAAUAUGAAUCAGACUGUUUUGUAUUUCGUAUUAUGUAAACAGAAUGUGUGAUUAACAGUUUUGCUGUUCAGAUGCAUUUGGGAAAUAGUCACCAUAAUAUUGUCAAAUUUUUCAUCAAGUUUGAAAGAAGUAUAGCUAAAUUGCUGUUUAUGGUAAGAUCUUUGAAAAUUGUUAUAUAUGUACAGAGCUUUUUUUCUUUUAGUAAUAAACUUGUCUUGUCUUGUUGAAAGAACAUUGGCAGCCUCAUCUGAAAGUUUCUGACUACCAUCCUAACUAAACUGCAAAACGUAAAACUUACAAUCUUACCUCAGAGAUCCAAUUUAUGCAGUAUUACCAUCAACUGGAACCGUAACAUUUGGGAAUUAAAAUUUACGAUAUUCUUUCAGGAUAGAUGUAGAUAGGACAUCUCACAUGGCUGUUGAGUCUAGAACCAAGGGAUCUCAACUCAGAAU